UAUAUAUUUUUUGGUGAACAGAACUAUGUUUGGCUGGAGCAGCCAAGAGCAAGGUGUGAUGACAUUAAAAACCAUACCAGAAAUGGCUGCAAGAAAAUAGCAAAUCCUAAAUCAGAUUAUGUUACACAUGAGAGUAAGCCACUUGAUGCAGAUGUGAAAGUUACACCACAGAAUUUAACUCUGUCUCUUAGACCAGGUCAACCAGCAACCAUCAAGGUAGAUGUCAAGAUGCCUGAAAAUUACCCAGUAGACCUGUAUUACCUGAUGGAUUUAUCUGGUUCCAUGGUAGAAGAUCUUAAGAAGUUUCCCACUCUUGGCCAGCAAAUAGCAAAAGAAAUGAGAAACAUCACAAACAGAUUUCGGCUUGGAUUUGGUGGAUUUGUGGACAAGCCUGUUGCUCCUUACAUUGCCACUGAACCUGCUGCAUUGGCCCACCCUUUUGAUCCAGCAUCAGAUACACCUGUUUCUGUACCAGCAUUUGGUUUUCUUAAUGAGUUGAAACUGACCCCAAACUAUACUGAAUUUGAAAGUGCAAUAAGGCAGGUGAACAUUUCUGGCAAUGUUGACAAUCCUGAGGGAACAAUGGAUGCCCUGAUGCAGAUUGCAGUCUGUGGUUCGGAGAUUGGUUGGGUGGACAAGCAGUCUGCGAGAAGAUUAGUUAUUGUAAUAACAGAUGCUAAGUAUCAUUUUGCUGGUGAUGGCUUGCUUGGUGGAGUUGUCACACCAAAUGAUGGUCACUGUCACACAAAAAGUGGUAAAUACAUGGCGUCGACAUUAAUGGACUAUCCAUCUCCAGGUUUCCUCAAAACGAAGUUGAUAGAUGAGCAGUUGUCACCAAUCUUUGCUAUCAAUAAGACAAAGACGCAAGUGUACAAUCAAUACAAGGAAUUAGUCAACUUCUUUGGCAAAGAGUCUGGAGCUGUAGUUGAUUUACUGAGCGAAGAUUCUUCAAACAUCGUUCAGCUCAUUAGAGACGCUUAUGAGACAAUUGCUCAAACUCAGACUAUACGUGACACAGCACCUGAGGGAGUGAGAGUGAACUACACAGCUUACUGUCCUGAUGGAAAACAAGUUGGAUCAAAGACUUGCGCCAAUGUCCAGAUUGGACAGAAGGUUUCUUUUGAGGUCUCUGUCACAGUGGAUGACUGUAAUCUGAAAGAAAAGAGCUUCUCUCUGGUGACACCAUUUGGGAACGUGGAGAUAAACCUGGACUUUAUCUGUAGCUGUCAGUGUGAGAAAGAUGAAAACUUAGAAGAAUCCAGUCCACAUUGUUCUGGCAAUGGCACAUUAACUUGUGGGCUGUGUAAAUGCCACAAAGAUAGGGCUGGACGAAAAUGCCAGUGCAAAGAGGAAAAUAAACUUGCACCCAGCCAAUGUAUCAAGGACAAUGCAACGGACGCUCAGGUGUGUAGUGGACUAGGAACCUGUCUGUGCGGAGACUGUGUGUGCAAAAAAACUGGGCUUCGCCCUGGUGAAAUCAUAAAUGGUAAAUACUGUGAAUGCAGCAACCUCGAUUGUCCUUCAGACCCAGACACGGACCUCAUAUGUGGCGGUCCUGAGCAUGGCCAGUGUUUAUGUGGGAAUUGUAGCUGUUCAGGAAACUGGACAGGCCCCUCGUGUAGCUGCACAACGAGUACUGAAGGCUGUAUGAAGGAUGGGGUGCUGUGUAACGGCUAUGGAACGUGCGAGUGCGGCACCUGUGUUUGUAACGCGUCCACAGUGUACAGAGGAAAAUAUUGCGACGAAUGUCCGAGCUGCGCUGGAAAAUGUUCCCUCAACAAAGACUGCGUGCAGUGUUUGGUAUUCAAGAGUGGAGUAAUAAGUGCCGAGGAUUGCAAGACUCGCUGCAAAGAUUUCAAGAUUAAUGAAGUCGACGCGCUCUCUACAGAAAUGGGUGAAAGGUGCACGUUCAAGGAUGACGAUGACUGCUCGUUUAGCUUCAGCUAUAAAGAAAAUCCUGGUAAAGAUGUCACGAUAUCUGUACAGCGGGAGAAAGUUUGUCCCAAGGAAGCAGAAGCACUGGCUGUCAUUCUUGGCGUGGUUGGAGGAGUACUGGGCGUUGGUUUAGCUCUGCUCCUUAUUUGGAAACUGCUCGCUACUAUUCAGGACCGACGAGAAUUCGCGAAGUUUGAGAAAGAGAGACAGAAUGCUCAAUGGGACACGGGCGAGAAUCCCAUCUUCAAACAGGCUACAACUACCUUCCAGAAUCCAACGUAUGGUGGAAAAUAAGGUAGAAGAACAAAACAAACUGUGGAGAAAAACGUAGCUGUAAACAUCUUAAAAAGUCAGGAAUGUUUUUCCGGCCGUCCGACGUUUGGUGGAGGAAAAACACUGAUACCGGCCCCGUUAACUUUUGUACAUUUUGGCCGUCCUCACGUCUGUUUUACUAGUGGUUUUCACCCCUUAUCACGAAAACAGCCAACAAAAUACGCUGGAAUGUUAAUGUUAAAAGUAGAAACUGCGCAUGUGUAGAUAACAUGAUUCUUGUCCCAUCCGUCCCAUCGCGCCGCGCCUUCGAAAACCGCGGAAGACUCCAUGUUGGAUUUACAUGUAUAUUUUCCUCAGUGGAUUGUGGACGAUGCCAUGUAUUAAGUUCUUUCUUCUGACAUAACACAAGCGGUUUUGAAAGCCUUACUUUUCGAGAUUCUCGCCAAAACAAUAACUAACAAUAAUUAUGCGUUUUCAAAAACCACUUUGAAACCGUUUUCAGGGGACACGUUCGAUGUAUCAACAGUUUGCGUACGAACAAACGAGAAAACGGCCAUAGACAAACAAAAAUGUCCAUGGGUAGAAGGGGCCUGAGAAAGGGAAGACCAUAAUUUAUACAGCGGAGGGUAUGUCAUUAACGCAUAUAGUAUUUGACUCAAGAUGUACGAAAUAGACUGGAAGCAAAAAAUGUCCGAGUUGUUUUUAUUUUUAGAAUAAAUUUUAUGUCACGUUGGCAAGAUAUCUAGUAACCAUAUUUUUUCAAGUUUUUUAUAUAUAUAUAAUUUGAUUGUUUAUUUUAUUGUUUAACUGUUACUCGCCUAUGUUUAAUUUGAACAAGUUUAGGGGUGCUUUUGGUUGUCAUACUAAACGAAUUUGACACGCGUUUUAAAGGAAAUUCUGUCGGUUUAUAAAGUGUUGUAUUUGAAAGUUGGAGCGAUUUCUAGCUACAAUCUUCGUCAGAAUAAUACAUGAAGAAAAAUCCACCCCCUCCCCCGAAUCAUUGAUGAACUCGCGCUACAACCAAAAUGCACCAUUUUUUCCAUCACUGAAAUGGGGGAAGGGGUGGUCUUAAUUUUCAUUUAAAUAUUGACCAAGAUUGUGGGUGUAGAAUUAACAUUGUGUUUGCCGUCGUAGAGUGAAGAAAUUAGGAAAUGAUCCACAAAGUAAACUUGUCUUUGAUUCUUGGCUAAUUUGGUAACCUCGUUUCGUUUCAAGAGGAAAUUGUAAGACCCGAAAAGCUUCGCGUCUUGCAAUUUUCUCAUAUUUCUUUUCUUGUGUCGCUAAUAAUGGAACUUUCUUGUACAGUGUAUAAAGUGUGGAUAUCAUUUUUGUGCCAUUAUUAAAGUAACUUUUACCCUA